CAUCAACAUGUCGAAGCAGGAAAUCGUGUAGUAAAGAUUGUUUUUCAAAUGCAGCGUUCUACGACUCUAGAUUGUACACAGAUUCUCCGCGAUAAUCUUGAAAUACAGCUCAGUAGUUCUCCUAAAGCAACCUAAUGCAAGAAUCUGGUGUCGACCUCGAAUUUGAUAUUUUGAACGAUAUCAUCGAAGAAUUUCAGCCGAAGGUUGGCUUCUACGAGAUUCAGUCUCGCACUUUGGACGAUGUCAUAAGGUAUUUAUACGACUUUUUAUGCUUCGAAAAGCCCAGGGAUGCGUGUGCUUGCAUGCAAAUAUCAUUUCUCGGUUUUUUGUUGUUGUUUUCUAUCGAGCACGAACCUAAUUUUUGGCCGACAAGUUGUAUACAAAAAGGAAGGAAGUACGUUCUGCUCUUCGGUUGAAUGUCGAUUGCCACAUGGCAAAUUCGGAAAUAUACCAUUUUGCAAAAGCUUCCUUUUGUACCAUGUGCCCGAUCGAUUUGGUAGUGAUGGAAACUUAAAAUGGGGUGUUUGUUUUUAUGACGUUCGACAUUUUGCUACAUUUGUUAGUGAUUUGUAUUUGGAUACAGAAUUUUCAUUACAUGUUGUUUGUUAAAGUUCAAAGAGUCUAUGUUUAUAGUUUAUUAAGCCAGUUUCCUGAUUUUAUUAUUGAAAGAAAAGGACAAAAUCGCAUUGUGUGUGCUAACCCCUAAACUACCUUGAAAAGCCAUAUAAAUAAUAUGCUUCAAAUGGUUGAAAAUAUUAAUGGGGGUUCCCCAAAAUUUCCUUCAUUAUUUAGCUUUUUGUCUGUGUAGUUAGAAGAAAAACCAUUGCCUUUUAAUUUAUUACAUUAAACACUUUAAUACAUUAAGCAUUUUACUACCGUCUUAGGGAUCAUUUAUGCGAGCAUGGGUUGGCUAUCAAUGUGUGGCCUGGGUGGAAAGCAGCAGCAACAAGCUGUCGCAGGAGAACUGCUGCAAUAACAGAAAUUUAUUAGUAAUUAGUAUUGCAAAAUUGCUAGCCUGCCACAGGAGAUCUCAGGCUAAAGUGGCCUACUUUCCAGUGUGGUGUGUGGGAUGGCAUGAAUGAUCACACCGAUAUUUCAAAAAGACUAAAACUUGACAAUCCUGUGUGCUUUAAAGACUGUAAAGUAGUGUCGCACCAAUAUAUACGGUCCAACGGCAUUGAGUAAUCUCACACCAAAUGUGCCAACAAAUUUUGUAACCUCAUGCCACUCUGGUAUCAACCCUACCGUACCUGUGAUACCUCGAUCAAUGCACAGAAUAGAUACCAGCCCAGAAGGGUCACUCGGACGAUAUUUUGUCCAAAAUUUUACGAGUGCUGACGUGAAAAUACGCCAUCAUAUGAUGCCAUCCUGGAGUGCACAUGGAAGUUUUUCAUAGGUACAAACAUAGGUACAAAAGUGCUGUGUGUACUCCAGGAUGGCGUCACAGCACGUACGUAAAAAUUUUGGACGUUGUUCCCAAGCCAAAACACAUAGGAGUGCAUGACCAUUCUGGUCUAGUAUCUAUUCUGUGAUCAAGGGUCAAACCUUUCAACCUAAGGUAACCCAGUUGCAUGUAAGUAGUAUUUUAAAUUGCAGCUAUGGAAAUGUGCAAUGGCAAAUGGCUGUAAUUGCUGCUGAUUAAAUGCCCUCAAAGAUUUGACUGCAAUCUUUGAGCACUUAUUUAUAAUAAUCAAAUUAAUAUAAUUAUAAUAUAAUUUUUGCAUAAUUAUCAAACACUUAUAUAAUACUAUCCAUUGUGACACUUUAGCAAGUAAAUACAUUAUAAUACCCAAUAUUACAGGUUUGGCAUUUCUUAUUUACAUUAACAUGCAUCUUCAACUUGGCACUGAAGGACAAAAAAUUGGCAUUGAACUUUAAUUAACAAUGCUUAAAUUGUUUAUGAAAGGUUAUCAAACUUGGAAAUUGGCUGAUGUGGUCUACUAAUCAUAUUUAAUAAAUAUUUUUUUAAAAUAUUAAAUAUUUUGGUAUUGAGUGUGAAUAACACAAAUGCUACAUGACAUAAUGCCAGAAAUACAAAUUGGACUUUGCACUGGAGUUCAGUGCAGGUUUUAGUUUCUGAACCACUGUAUGUGAAAAAAUUUUGAUAAAUAUACUAAGACACUAACCUUUGAAACAAGCAAUCUUAUAAAUGUCUUUGCUAAAGCUUUCCAAAGUGUGCCCCAAUGCACCCUACUUUAUUAUUGUACCCUGCCUAAUGCCAGACAAUUUUAAUUGUCAAGAGGAGAGUACUAGUGCUCAAUGGGAACUUAUUAUAAUCAGACUAUCUGCCAAAUUGUGUCUAGCAGUUACUGUAAUCCAUUAAGUUGCAUUGUGCCCCAAUGCUCCCUACUUGAUUAAUAAUAUUAUUUUACUUUGCCUUAUGCCAGAAAAUUUUACUUGUCAAAGGGCAAGUGUGCCAGCUCAAUGGGACCAACUUUGGUAGCUUAUAGUCAACUUUUCCAAGUAGGCUGUUUCAAUAUUGGAAAACUACCAAAUACUGAUUGAAUAUUUGGCAGUAUUUGACACAGCGUAGUUUUAGUUUUGUUCAAAUCUGAUGGAAGUGGAAGUAUAUCUUGCAUACAUCUUUGUGUAGAAUCUACUGAACUUUGUUCUAAAGCUAUACUGUACGUCUGCCCAGUGUGUCUCCCACUGAACAAAUUGUCAAGUAUUUUGAAAUCAAUAUUUGAAGCUGUUAAGAGGUGUCUCAGUUAUUAACACCUUUUCUCCAAGUGUCUCCACAACGCAGCAAAAUGCCAUUUUUCCUGGCAGAGACCCAAAUGCAAUUUUUGUCUGGCAGAGUAUGCCCCCGGACCCCCUACAAUUGUGACUACAGAAUUAUGUUGCCCUCUAAAAUAAAACACUGAUGGCACCACUGCAUACAUGAUGAAGUUAGUUGCACAAGAUUUGUCUCAAAGCUACAGUAGCCUUGGCCUUCACUUGAUUCACAGAGGAAGUGGUUUACCCAGGUGUAGGAGUAAUCAGAUAAAAGUGUUGCUCACUUGCUCUUAGCUACUACACAUUAGCGCCAUUUGUUGGCAGUUUUUUAAAACUACUGUCUGACAUAAACAGUAGAAAGUGUUACAGAAAUAAGUGCGUCCAGAAUUUCUAUCUUGAAAUAUAUGUCAAUGAAUACAGUAUGUUUCAAGUUAUAUACUUCAAUAUAUAACACACUUACAACCACAUAAAUGUAAUACUAAUAACCUCUAAUAUUAAACCAUUGAGUGCAAGCCAAGUGCUCCCCCCUUGAUGUGUGAAAUCGUCUGACAUUAGACAGAAUAAAAUAAUAAGGUAGGCACAUUACUGGGUGCAAUGCAACAUAAUGGGUUAACUAGACACAUAGGCAAACAGGUUAAAAGACUAGUCUGGUUAACCCACUGAGGGCCAGCAUACUCCACUUGACAAGUACUGCAUACAUAAAGUAGUAUGCAUGAUUGGACAAAUUCUUGAACUACUUUUGGUAUUGACGACGUAGUUGUAAUACAGUAUAAUUGCUUAAAUAUAGCAAAUAAUGUCCUUUUUAGAAUUUAGUAGUUUAGUGGUUAGCCAGUAUAGAGGAUUAAUCACUUUACUUAGAUGUACGUGUAUGAGGAUGUUUAUAUUGAUCUCUUUAAAUUUCAUCCUUGUAAUUACAAACGUUUUAGUAUAACAGUGACAUACUCAUGCAACUUGUGGACGAUUUUUCUCCUAUUAGAAUGAUCGUAGAAAGAAAAACUGAACGGUAAUUCAUCUUUUGAGUCUUAAAACUGUCUCUAAACUUGAUCACUGCAUUAAAAUAGCCGUUUUUGGUUUUUCCUGCCCGUCAACUGAAAUCCCAAAAUUACGUCAUUGUAAACGAAGAAUUCUGCUGUAUCAACAAAACGUGCAUAAUAAUACUGAUCAUGCAUAAUAAUACUGAUCACAUGUUUGUACUGUGUUAUUAUCUGAAGGGUGUAAUUUGCACGUUUUUGUAUCCAAUGUCUCAGACAAUAGUAAUGCAGCUCGUGACAUUUGCAUGUUUUACGAGUUAAAAAUAGUUCGUUUAUGAUGAAGUGCAUGAAAACGCAACAAAUUGCAGGGGUCGAAAUUCCCGCUAUUCCGAAUAUAGUAAAAUGCCUGACGGAAUAGUAAACUUCAUGAUCACGGUAUUCCGUUUGUAUAGUAGAAAAAAUUGUGGUACCAAAUAUGGACAAGCAAGGGUUUUCCUCUUGAGUUGUAUAAUAUAUCACUUUAUACCGGACUGUUCCAGUUCGUAGCUAAGUUCUUGUUCGCGUGCAGUACUUGGGUAUUCUAAUUUCUUUACAGCAAUAUUAACUUAAUUAACUUUGCUACAAUAACAUGACAGACAAACUGGCGCCGGCCUGGCCUGUCGUCAAAAACGACUUUAGCGUUUAGUUUUUACGACUCAAACGUUAUACAAAAUCAGUGGCAGUAUGUAUCAGGCGUAGAGAACCGUCAGCCAAGCUCCAAAAAUUGGACAAUAACAAAAAGGCGAGAGUCGAGAGACAAUGCGUAUGACCGCACAAAAAGAGCACGAAAGUUUGUACCGUCGUGGAAAGAUAAAUUUAACUGGGUAACCUACAACAGUGAACUUGACAAAAUGUUUUGUGAAUUUUAUCUUGCUCAUCCGAGUGUGGCAAAUAAGAAUAGAUCGUUUUUUAUUUGUACCAUAACUGUACAUGUUUACGAAAAUCAGAACAUUAACGCGGACCCUGCGUGAACAGGCUCUCAGAAACAGUACAUUAAGGAAUAGUGGAUUUUCAGACGGAAUAGUAAAUUUCAAAAACUACUAUUCCGGCUGUAUAGUAUAAAAAAAUUUAAAUUUCGACCCCUGAAUUGUUAUGUGGUUUCCAGCUAUACCCCAGGGUUUCAAAGACAAAGGACAAAGAGUCUUGGCCAUGGGAUUGGGAUGUUGGAUAAAUUCGAAUUGUCAACUUGGAAGUUUUUUUUUUUUCAAAUUCAUUCAUCCGACUUCGCGACGCUCGAUGACGUGAGGUCUGAGGUGGAUCCAUACCUGCCUGCAAAUCCCUGUAGCGCAAUUUUUUCCCUUUUGCGUUUGUAUUGCUUGUGCCAAGUUGUCAAUAACAAGCAUGUUUAAACUUGUUCGAACAAUCUGUUGUCAUCGACCUACGUAUAUCAACAAAUAAAAUACAUUCCACCCUGCUUGGCCUUGAGUAUUGUUAGUUUCAUAUUUGGAAAUGCGUAUGCAAUCAUUCUUGCAGAGUAACAGCAUUGUUUUGCAAUAUAUAUUAAAUAUUAUUAACAAUGUUUAGUUUGUUGAAUAUAGUACAGUAUGUCCUCGUUUGACCAAUUGGAUUUAUUCUAUGUAAUGACUCGGUAAAGUUUAGUUAAUAAUUGGUUGCAAUGAAUCCUUUACUUGGCCCCAUGACCUUUUGGCAAACAAUAUACGUUUCAAUCUCGUUCCCUGAGCCUGCGAUCCUCGGGAAGGAACGCGAGGCUCUGGGAUAAUCCGUUGCCGGAAGCCAGGAAUCCUGGCUAAGACCGAACUGUGCAUUCCAUAUCAACGGCCAAUCAGAUUCCUCGUUCCUUCCCGAGGAUCGCAGGCUCGGGGAACGAGAUUGUAUACACUUAAUAAUCUCCCUCAAUGUUUCCGGAGACAAAGUCUCGAGAUUCGAGGGGAAACAAAACUAACUAUUUCCCGAGGGAACAAACAUUAAUAACUUAACUCUUAAGUGUUUUGUUUAUAUACAGCUAGGGUGUCCCCAAAAAAGUCCCCUCUGUUGUUGCUUAAUUACUACUGUAUAAGUUAGAGUAAUUGACCAACAACAGAGACAGAGUGUCGGAGGGGACAUUUUGGGGGGACACCCUGUACAGCGAUGAAAGAAAAGUCAACAUUCAUACAACAAUUGUAUUUCAUGACAAAAACUCUAUAAUGUAAGCAGCAUAUCCUGUUGCCUGUUGUGUAUUUUUCUUCUCUUUUACAUUCUUUAUUUUAACACAAACUUGGAAAAUUGUCGUUUAUAAACUUGCGGGUUGUGCCGCCAUUUUGUUUACUUAUGUACGUAGCCGGUCGGGCGGGCAACAAUUUUUCACUUGCUGCCCGGCGGGAUCAGUACAUUGCAUUUGUCUAAAGCCACGUGACCACAAAUCAGCCAAUCACAUUUGGUGUUCACCUACAAAUCAGCCAAUCACCUUUGGUGUUCACCUAGCUACAUAUAUUAACAACUAUAUUUAGUGCCUUUGCAUGCAUGCAUGUGAUAAACAGCAAGCCGUUAUAUAUACCCAAAGACUGAAAGCGUGGGCGAUCGGAUCACUAGUGAUCUGAAGCAAAGCCAAUAUCGUGCAAUAAAGGGGAUAUUAUUAGGAUUCAAUAGAAUGAAUUUUUUUCUCUUUUUAAUCACAAUUAAUAUGUAGCACAAAAUCAACAAAUUUAGUUGGUACCUGUUAAAAUUUUGAAGCAUCUCAGUGUAUAUAUAUACAGGUCAAAUAAUUUCGUAUAUAGGCCUUUCCGUAGACCCUUGAUAACAUUGAAAUGCAUGUUGUUAUACAUGUAAAUAGGAUCAUUCAUAUAUCAGGUGACGGUUAGUUUCACUCCAAUAUACCGAUUUGAUCGUCUAGACACUUCUUGUGCAUGUGAUGUGUAAUUUGACUAUUUUUACAUAGGGCCUAGUUACGAAACUGUCCUCAGUGUUAAAAAAAGUUCUGUAUAUUUUAAAGCAUUGUGUUUAAUUUUGAAAAGCCGAGGCGGAAGUUAUAAAAUAAAUUUUGCAGCUAAAACAACCAAGUUACGAUAAACAUUAUAAAUAAGCAUUUAUUGAUAAAGCACCCAAAAAGUGAAAGAAAGAAGCCAAAUGUUUUGACCCUCUCCACUUUUUAAAAGGCUAUUAUUAUAUAGUAAGUUUAUUAUAGUAUGUGUUUUUAACCGAUGGAAGUCUGAAUAUUUCUUCUGUAUGGGGGUAGCAUUUCAGAAACCCUAUAAUGCAAACAUUUCUUGGAGAAGAAUUCUCGGUGUGUCGUUCUUCAGGCCACUUGAUGUGACUGGCACGGACCCCCCCCCCCCCAUCACUUUUUUAGUCGCUCCUGACUACAAAAAUGUAUAUUCUUUUUAAAGUUGUUUUAACAAAUGGUGUUUGUAAAGUAACUUUGGCUGGCUCAGAAUUUUAGUGAGAAUUAGUAUAUUUAUAAGAAAGCCACUCGCAUUUUCAUUAAAUCAAGUGUAUGACUGUCUUUCUGUAUAUUUAUCGGACGAUUAUAAACACGCGAUUGUCGCGACGGGAGAAGAGUAACUGAACGCAUUAAAUGAUUUGAAUAUAAAUUCUGCCAUGUAUUUGUAUGAUUCGUACCCCUCCAGGAUACAGAAGUGAAUCAUAAGUAAAUUAUUAUAGGGAAAAUACAUAGUUUCACAAUGGACCAUUUGCAUUAUAGACUAAAUUUUGAUCUAGACAAAAUUUUCAUCACAGCUUGAAAGAGCAUCACAAAAUUAGCAACAUUCCAAAGUUUCGUUGCGAAAUGUUGUAAAAUGCGGAUAAUAUAGCCUUGCGAAAUUUGCAAUUUUCAGUCAUUUUGUAUUACAAACGAGAAAUUGUUGCCCCAACACCCGAUUGGGCUGUCAAUUUCCCGUGCGUAAUACAAAAUGACUGAAAAACGGCAAACUUCGUAAGGCUAUAUUAUCCGCAUUUUACAACAUUUCGCAACGAAACUUUGGAAUAUUACUAAUUUUGUGAUGCUCUUUCAUGAUCAAGCUGUGAUGAAAUUUUUGUCUAGAUCAACAUUUAGUCUAUAAUGCAAAUGGUCCAUUAAAAGCAGCUUAAGGCUUGGCAAAAUGUUCAUUUAACCAUAUGGUGCAUGCAUUGCAAAAUCUGCAUCCUCCACUCGCAUCCAAAUUGAACAUAUAGACCCAUCGUUGCCAUUGAUAACAUUUUCUUUCAUUUCUAUUUUCAGCAAACCGCCAGUCAAGAGUCUUGGUAUAGGUGCUGAUGCAAUAUUAAGUGAAUUAUUAAAACCAGUAGAAAACAAAAUGGCCUCAAUGAGUCGAACCCAGCAGAAGCUUGCGCUUCAACGUGAGCACUUGCUCAAGCAAGAGCAGAAAAAGAAGGAACAAGAAAGACUGCGGCAACUUGAACAGACCUCGGAAAUUUCGAUUCCGUUCCCAAGACCUACGGAGACUCUUCCUCCACACAUACCGCCUGCUGUGUUAAAUGUAAGGAUAACAUUUUGAAAACUAUAACAGUUACAGCUAGUUCGAGAGAGGAAGAGAGGUGUCUGUAACAGAAAACGUUUGCGGGACUGCCACUGUAGUUAUAGUGCAGACAUCUUUCACCCUUGCUAUCAUGCAAGGUUCGAUCUUCCCACUUAAUGGCCAUAUCGGUCAGACCAGAGUCUGGUAGUAUUUUUGGUUUCUCAGGGAAAGAAAUUUCUCCAAAAAAUUCUUCGAGACGUUUGCAAAACGAAAGUUUGCCGUCAUCUUUUAUGGUUUCCCCCGUUACCUAAUGCAUGGUGCAUAGCUCAGUAGCGAAUCAGAAUGUUGGGUUUAUAAUAGACCAUGGUUGAGUGUAUGCUAAUAAGGAUGACUAACAUGCAGGCAGUGAAAAUAAAGUUAUUUGGUGAACAUGCACCCAACCGACCUCGAACUCGAGCGCCACUUUGAAUCGUUAGUCCAACAAUGAAUGCAGUCAACAAUGAAUGCAGUCAAGUCUUACUGAGAUUAACAGUCACCCUGUUAUAUAUUUUUUUGAAAUUCCCUCAUGGAGGUUUUCAAGUAUAUUUCAAUUUAACUUCAGGCCCGUUUACACGGGCGAUUUUUGCUGCGAUUUUAGUUGCGACUUUCUCCUUUUGGGGGAUCUGAAGGAGUAGAUUACUUAAUGAUGUUGUUAUGGGAUUUCAUAACCUGGAACAUAUAACUCAUCAACUCCUUCACAUUCUCCAAAAGGAGAAAAUCGCAGCUAAAAUCGCAGCAAAAAUCCCCUGUGUAAACGGGCCUUUAAACUUGACCGUCAUCCCACCUAAAUAGAAUAAUUUUAUGUUCCAUUUUCACAUUCUACAGUACAUAGGCAUUUUACCUUCAUGCACAGUCUCCAGGGGCCAGUUGUUUGAAAACCGAUUAGCUUUACCCUAGGUUAAGUUAAAAUUCAAAGCAAACUUCCUAACAGCUUGUUUAUAAAUUUGGAAAUAAGUUCUUUGUAGGUUUGCAUGGCGAUAAAACAUAUAACACUUUUGUUUGUGGAAACACCACGUAAAUUUAAUACUGCAAAAAUAUUUGUAUAAUAAUUUGCAGUAAUAAUUUGCAGUAUUAAAUUUACGUGGUGUUUCCACAAACAAAGGUAUUAUAAAUUUGGAAAUGUUUCUUCAGACGUCUUGUCUGUAUCGGUAAGAGUUUUCUUGUCUAAAGUUUUGAAAUAAACAGAUGUGUAAAAAUACAUAAACUAAAACAGCAGGUAAAUUUUAACCCAGGGUUAGAGCUAAUCCAGCUUUGAACAACCGGCCCCAGUAAAUUAACGAUGAACCCUUUUAUUUUUUAUGCUACCGCAGUUCAAAACCAAGCUAGAAAAUCCCACCAAAUAUUACGUGUAUAAAACUCAAGAGCGAAAACUGAAGGAAUAUAUCAACCAACAUGGAACUACUCCAUCACAAGGGUUUACACCACCUACAUCUCAUGCCACAUUAAAUGCUAUCAAUAAUAUGGCUACAUUGCCGUUUGUUGGCGAUGGCCUUGGCAUGGUGGGAGCAAUGAAACCCCCUGAUAGCCCUAUGUCCGCUGCCAGUUCUACGGAACCAUCAGAAGUAAGUAUUUUGGCUUAGCCAAUUCACCCUUUCUAUAAUUGCGUCAGAAAUCUGCCUUGCUAUUCGCUCAUUAAUCGUGAGCGAAUAGCUUUUCGUCUAUAUAAUAUUAUAAUUAUAAUGCAGCCAAUUCAAAAUGGCAUACAGCAUAGUGCUGUAACUAGUUUGCACGUUUGUUUAGCAGUAUUUUGUUAAGAUAUUAAAAACCAAAAAUUGGAAUACUUUUUAAUGGUAUAUAAUUCAGAGUAAUAUAUGUUAGGAAUAAUAUAUCGAUCCGUAUUGAUUAACGUUCAAAUUCUAAUGAAGGGGGGCAGUUGGGGAAACUUGGGGAAACUAUUUUUAUGCUCUUUAAAAAAUGUUUUAUUCAAAUUGCACUCGAAACCAUCCCAUUACCUAUAUACAAAUUACUGUUUCUGAUGGUAAGGUAAGCAACUGGGUUGCAUGCAUCUAUUAUAUCGACGUAUUAUUUAUUUUUCCCUGUUGAUGGCUCCAAAAUAAGCGUGUAUACAGAUAUUAAGAUUUAAUGUUUAUUUGUUCAGGUUGAUGAAAUACUUGAGGACAUUAUCAGGUAAGGAACAAUUUAUAGCGUUUAUCUAGAAACACCUCACCCCCAUCACUCAAUGUUGAUUGAAUUCCCAGAAUACAGUUAAAACGUCGUUUUAUGGGAGGGGCGAGAUGGAGGGGGAGGGGGGCAAACGAGAAAAUUAUUCUGGUCUAAUAUUAAAAUAGAAAGCCACAGAGGAAUGUUUUAAUGUCGCAAUGGUUUUGACCAGGAUUGUACAGUAUAGCAUCAUUAGAGAGGUUAAGAUACCCCGGUUUACGGGUACGAGUAUCGCCAUUUUGUUUACCAACUUUUGCUGAUGUCAGCAUUUUUACCCGUAAUUUCUACCCGUUUCCCCGCUGUAAACCAUGGUCUACACGUAAAAGACAAACGGGUACGGGUGUUUUCUAUUUACUAUUUGUGGGCCGUUUAAAUAGUAAAACUUUUCAACAGUCUUACCCAAAUAAAUAAUGGACAUAUGCUCGUCAAAGUUUUCAACAAUUUAUGGCGAACCUCAACAGCGAAAGUUUCCAUUUUCUGAUCGGUUUUCUUACGCCGGAGUAUCUUGGAUUUCUUAAGUUACACGUUAUUCCCCGAUUUACGUGUACGUGCAUAUUACCCGUACCCGUAAACCGGAACCGGGGUAUCUUAACCUCUCUAUUGUGUAUGCAGUACCAUGCAGUACGUACGUACGGUACGACGUACUAUUUCCCCCCUUGCGUAUACAGUACGUAUACGUAUGACUUAACUGGAAUGCAGCCUUAAGCGAACUCUCAAACUAAAAGAGUCUGUUUGUGCAUAUUAAAUUAUUUGAUUAACCACCUUUUUACUCAGUUGUGCAUGUUUGUAUGAUUUGAUUAAUUCGAUGUAAGUUUUAAGUAACCUAUGUUUUUUUUAAGUCUUGAAGGUGAGAACACUCAUGUGGCAAACCAAAUGGGACUUGAUAAUAACUUUGACUUUUUUGACUUCACUGGCGCCAAUUCAACACUACCGGUAAAUAUCCAAAUAUAUAUACUAAGUAGAAUCAUACUAGUAUACUAUUGCGAAUGCUGUAAUUUGAUUGGCUACUCUACUCGCUAUCUAUUCCUCGAUAGAUCCAUUUUCCAGGCGCAUGUUUAAAAAAAAUGGUUUCCGGCUCGCUCGUAUUGAAUUAUUUUGUGUAAUAUUUUAUGUUUGAUCUCUGAUUCUACUAAAGCAACUAGAUUACUGUACUUGUCUCGAUUUCUAUGAGGUGAUAGUUGAUUCGGGCUUCGCCCUCGUGUUUUAUCCAAAUUGCGCCUCAUAGAAAUUGCACUAUCACUUCAUAGAAAUUGCAACUAUCACCUCAUAGAAAUCUCGAGCUCGUAAUCUAAUUGUUAAAUAGUGCUUCCAAGCAUGUUUUAGGCAUGACAAUGUGCAUAACUGGGCAAAUUUAUAACAAAGUUUACCGAAUUUUUGAGUAGGCGUGUCAUAUUUCCAAUUGAAUAUAAUGAGUUAUUCUUAGGGUUUAUUCAUGGGAUUUCUAUUAAUGUUUUUUAUUUCAGUUGCCAGCAAGUGUGUCCGACAUAUAUGGCGGACGGAACGUAUCUGCGGGGGUGAGUGUGAUAUGGUAUUAAUAAGGCGAGACUUUUUUUAUUUAUUGGUUUACGGAUUUUACUUGAAAAAAACCAGGUCGGUAGGCGGAAAAAAUUUUAAAAAACAUUGUUUUUCAAGAUUGUCACAACGAUAAAAUGAGCUAGUAGUACUUAGAGUCAAAGUUUACUUGGCGUGUACUUCAUGUCAGAACCCCAAAUUAACUAAAAUUAACUAAAAUCGUAAAAUAGUUGACAUCCAAAUUUUUUUUUAUUUUUCACUUUCUGAAUAUUUACGGUCGGCGGAUCCGUAAACCAAUGAAUAAAAAAGUCUCGCCUUAUUUGGAAUAUUUAUUUUUGUAUAACUUACAUUGAGAUCCCAACGAGGGCAGCAACGAGAAAGAUAGGUUUAUUACAAAACCUAGUUCAUAUAUUUUCGCCAACCCAUCAAUAUAAUCAAAUUUGCCUGUCCAAGUCCCUCUGUUUUGCCCCUGAAUAGUCACUAUAUUGUAACCUACUGUACAAGUGAAAUAAAAUGAGAGAGAAGCAUGUGAUCGGCACUCGAAGCUGACGACUCUAUUGUUUGGUAUGUUUUACAAAUAGCAUUAUACAGUAUUAUUACUCACAACCACUCAGUCACUAAAAUCGAUAGAAAUGUUUAUUUACUUGACUAAUGGCGAAUCGUUGUGCCUGAUAAUAAAAGCUUUGUGGGUGACACAGAGGGAAGAGAGCCUUGGAGCAAGUAUUAGACAGUGAACUCUAUGAAACCUGGAACAAUAACUCUGGCUGUGUUUUUGAAGCCAAGAAUGGCAGAAAUUGAAGUUCGUCUUGUAGGUAUGCGCUAGGCCCCUACGCGGACAAACAUGUCCAAUACUGUCACAUUCGACGACUUGUGAAAUUCGAAAGUCAUGAUUCACGAGUCGUGGUUUAUAGCCAUUCGUAACACCUUCACGAUAUUCGUACGACUCGUUAAAUUCGUGAAAUUUCACGAAUUGUCGCAUUCAACGACUCGUGAAAUUCGAAAGUCUUGAUACACGAGUCGUGGUUUACCCAUGGCAUUACUGCAUUUUAGUAACUUAAAGACCUCCACGAUAUUAGUACGACUCGUUAAAUUCGUGAAAUUUUACGAGUUGUCAAAUUCAACAACUCGUGAAAUUCGAAAGUCGUGAUUCACGACUUGUGGUCACUUGUACUUUAGCCAUGCAUUAGUAAGACCAACGAAAUUCGUACGACUCGUUAAGCUGGGGAAAUUUCACGCCGCAAGUGCAGACAUUAUAAGUUAUGAAUCUUCAUCUCAAAUAUAUAUGUUCAUUUCUUUUCAAUUAGACAAAAGUAACUCUUCAGUUAUAUGAAUAUCUGAAAUAUAUACAUGUUCAUGUCUUGUUCUUUAAAAAUCUUAUUCAACGUAGCUAUAAUAGCGCGCUAAUUAUAACUCAAACAUUAGGCUUACUGUAUAUAUUAAUUUAUAGUAUUGUCUCGUCUGAUUCCUCGUUCUUCAAGACAAAAGUAACUGUUCUAUAUGAAUAUCUGAAAUAUGCAGGUUCAUUCAUAUCAUGAUCAGUACUAGCCUAAUUUAACGCUCGGCUAGUAUAGGGACUCGCGCCGGAAUUAGACUAAAUCACGCAAAAUAUUACACCGUCUUUGUCAUUAGUUAUAAUGUUAAGCGAUUAUGAAUCUUCUCAAUCUUCAUCUCAAAUAUAUAUGUUCAUUUCUCGUUCUUCAAGACUAAAAUAACUAUUAAGUUGUUAUACUGUAUGAAAUAAAGUUUUAAUACACUUUUCACUUUACAAGUUUUGAAAACACUAUACAGCGUCAGGACUCCACAUAGCACAAUGAAAACAUGAUAUAUCAACAGAAAUAGUCUUCAGUACGAAAAAUCAUUAUGUAAGUAUAAUGUUUCAGCCGACUAUUCUUUAAUUAAGUCCGGCUUUACCAUGGACCGAAGAAACUAGAGCAAGUGGGUUAGAAUAAAUAAAUUUUAGAAAAAAACUUCAUUAGCAAAAAACGUCAUCAUAAGAAGCAAAGAUUUUUGAGUGAAAAAGUGAAAAACAUUUUCAGAAAAAAAACCGCGGAGAAACACCAGCAAACUUUUGCAUCAUAAUUCUUACCUUUUCAUUUAGUUUUUAGUUUUUACAGUAGGGUAUAGGUAUUUACCACUAAGUCUAAGGAUGAGCAUUUAUCUGCAAACUUUGAAGAACAUUGAUUGGAAAAGCUUCCACGAAGCCCACGCGAAAUACCCGCGUGUUUCAUACCUACAUGAGAUCACUCCAUUGGCCGCUAUCUUGGCUUCACCCAAUCAUAGGACCGUUUAUACCUGGAGUUAUCAUUCCAGUAUUUAUGUAGUUACUGCAUGGUCUUGGAUAUCAGUGUAGGCUGCUGUGUAGAAGUAAAAAUCCAAUGGGCAUGAUGGUUCUGUUGGCCUGAAAAUUAAAAUAUCCAAUUCCGACGUCUGCCCUACCAGAUCUCCGACGGAUUUCUACAACAGACGUCCGAGAACGAAGACCACACGGCAACGAAGAUUAUUUAUCAAAUCUAAAGACGUGUACAUUUUCUUGUGAUUUUAUAGUCCUUACCAGAUGCCAUCUCCUCGUCUUGCCCGCCGACGAUAAAGCAGGAACCUGAUGAAAGUAAGUAUUUUAUUCUGAUUAUUUCGUUCAAAUACCAUGCAUUCCGAAAGUAUAAUUCUCGGAAUUAGUGAAAAAUCAGGACAGCAAAGUCAUUUGCCGAUCUGAAACGAAAGCGCAGGUUGGCAGAAUUCAAGUUUUCAAUGAAAUGUUCCUGUAUAGUAUAAUAUUGCCAACAUUACUUAAAAGUGAUUGGCUUGAUGAAAAAUUGCCGACUCUUUGUCACUUGUUUCAGUUCGACAUAUGGGUAGCGUAUGCUCUGAAUGUUCAAACAGAUAUCAAGUACAAAAUCGGUCACAUGAUUAUGUCUUCCUUGAAAUCUUGUAUAUUCUUAAAAACCCUUGUAAAAUUAGAAUUCCUUGCAACGUCCUUAAAACUGUGCCAAAUCACUGUUUUGUGGACAAAUCAAACAUAGUUAUGAUCAAAAGCUUAAUUUUUCAUGUGUCUUGCUGACUGUCAAGUGUCUGGCAUUGCAUGGACUAAACCAAGAUAGAGGAUACAGGGACGGAUCUGCCGUGGGGGUGCAGGGGAGCUAGUGCGCAGCCCCCCCCCCCCACCCAAUGUAAAACGUAACAGAAGGGCGAACAUGCAGAUUCGGCCAUCUCAAAUAAUGCUAAUGUUGGGAUAGUAACGUUGUAUAGACUGCACAGGGGAGCAGUGCUUAGUUCAGAAUGAAAAAUAAAAAUAUAAAACAACAUGACCGCGACAACCAUGGUACGGUAUUAUAUUCAGCCGAACUAUCAUACACACAUGUAUGCAAUAUGUUGGUUAAAUAUACAAGUUUUAAAUAUUUUUAAACAUGUAUUGCUUUAGGUUGCGGCAACAUGCAGAAGUUUGAUCAUGUGACUUUUUUAAAAGAUCGUCAAAAGAAAGAUAAUCAUAAUAUGAGUAAGUGCUAUUUUGUUGUCGUAUCUUUUUCUAAAUUAAAUCUAAUGCUAUUUGUAAUGUUGUUAGUUGUCAGUUCUAUAUAACGUUGAAUAUUAUACAAAUAAUGAAUGUUUGUACUUACUUACUUUUGUACUUAUUUUCAUGAGGUGAAAAUAUUUUUUCCACAUUGCACUUCGAUAUUUUAAGUGAACUAUAAAAUACAAAACCAAAUACAUACCUUGUUCAAAAAGAAUUAAAAUCCAACAAAAAAGUGCCAGCAAAUGUUUUAGUGAAGAAUUAAUAUGAUAAUGGCGAUCAUUUAUCAUAAAAAUUAUCGUAAAAGUUAUCGUAAACAUCUUUACACCCGUCAUUUUUGUUUCGCACGAGUUACUGUAUGUAUUUGAAUUUAAUUUCAUCGGUCUCAAUAUGAAAAUUAUAGUUAAAUGAGUUACGUUAAUUUACGAUAUGAAUAGGAUUUUGAAUGAUUGAAUUUAUUUAAACCUUACCAUGCAAUAAAUAAGUACAAGUACUGUUGCACGGUAGCAAAAUGGGAAUGGAAUUUUAAUUCCAUAUCACGUGAUCAUAAUCAGCCAAAUGAAUUAAGUGAGCAGAAUUCAAUAAAGUAUAAAAUUUGCCUGUGUCAUGUCUUUUCCCGACCAAUUUCUCGUGUUUUUUUGCAGUUGAAAGAAGACGACGUUUUAAUAUCAAUGACCGAAUAAAAGAGCUGGGAACUAUGAUCCCGAAACAAGAUACGUAAGUUAUAUUUAUCAAUUAUAUAUACAGUAGAUCCGGAGCGAGGGGAUUCGGCGAAGUAUUACCCGAAAUGAUAAUAUUUCCUAAGGAGUGAGGGGCGCCCGAGCGGAGGGUCUAUAAAUGAUAUAUUAUCAUGUAUAAGCUUUAAAUCAUUGAAUGUAUUGACAUACCUCCUAAUAUUCACGUGAAAAUGUUUACUUAAAGCACUAAUAUUAGAAAGCAAAUCUCUAUCGUGCUAGCAGCCAAUUUCCCCCUAUAUAACAAUCUAUAGUGUACAGUCUACAGUGUCUACAGUGUACAGUCUACAAGUACAGAAUAAAUAAUUGCUGUGGAUUGUUUUUUCUAUGACCUGUAGAAUUUAUGCAGAUACCACCUAUACAGUAUUUAAUUCGAUAAACCAUUUGAAUGUUAAGUACUAAAUAUUGACAUAUACAGGACGGUUCCUUGCAACUGUAUACUGUCGCACAGUAUGCUAUUGCCCGUCCAACCAACAAUCAUAAAUUUCAAUUGCAUUUUGUAAUGAUUUAGGGAUAUGAAGCAAAACAAAGGCACCAUCUUGAAGUGUACAGUGGAUUAUAUUAAAUAUUUGAAGAGAGAAAAUGAGCGACAUAAAGCCAAUUUGGAAAAGUUCCGAGAAACUGAGGAAUUAAAUUCAAAACUUUUAUUACGAAUACAAGUAAGUAUACAUCUAAUUAUUUAUACCUACUUAUUAUAUAUAUUUAUACCUAGUAUACAUCUAAUUAUUUAUACCUACAAUUAUAUCUACCUAACAACAUGUAGCUACAUUCUCAGAGAUAUGGACAACUACUUUAAUAUUAUUCUGAUACUGCGUGCAGAAUGCAACGAAAAAUUCAUUGUCUCGGGCGGGAUUCGACCUCACAUCUUCUGGUUUCUAACUUUCUAGACGACCGCCCUUUUUAAACUGUUAUGUAGUGUAUCUUAAAAACUAGGUAUUCGUAUACCUUGAGUCUUGAGGUUGUACCAGCCCAAGUACGCAGCAAUAAUCAUUAGAGUACCAGUGAGUUACAGCUGAAACUCUUUUUACUUCCUUUGUAGGAACUGGAGAUGCAUUGUCGGGCACAUAACGUUCCAGUAACACCUUUAACAAACGACACAUCAACAGCAACAUUGUCACGUUUACUUGCCGCUAAAAGAACUACUCAGGCUCGUCUAACUAUAAAACCUGAAGCGUAUUACAGCGAUGAUAGUGCUUCGUGCUCCAUGAAUAUGGACAGUUUUGGUGAGACAAACAAUCGUUUCGAUAAUGAGGAAAACGGUAUGGAGACAUAGAGUCGUAAAAUGAAACAAUCUAUCUUUAUACGCGGCGAUGUAUGGCAAGAAUUCGGUGCAUGGCUGCAUGCCCACCCUGGGAUUCGGGUGGAAACCUGAACAAAUGUGUUACAGAGUAGCGCUUUAAAAAUCUUUACUAAGCUAGUUGGAAUGUGGGAAAGAAUAAUGCAUGCUUGCCUUGACUCUUCUUGUUCCAUCUAGGCAUUGAUACUCUUUUUAAUUUCCUUUUUAACAACAUGUUAAUAAUAGUUAGAAGAAGCACCAGGUCAAAAAUUUAUGCGAAAUGAACGCAAUCCAUGUAGAUGUCUAAAGGCAUUCUGCUUAACGGUGGAGAUAACAUCAGUUUCCGUAACGCGAUGCAUAUAUGAGCUUUGUCUGUCUUCAAUGCUUUUUAAGUGGGUUAAAUCGAUCACGAUAUCUGUAAUGAAAUACCACGUUGGCAACUUCCAUGAGUUAUGCUAAUCAGUUCGUUUUCAUUCAUUGGAGCAACAUAGGAGUCCGGAAUGAAGUGUCGUUUUGGAAAUAUGAACGAAAUAUGGACUUGCGCUCCAGUUUAGAUGUUUUCGUUAAGAGGCGAAAGAACAAUUACAAAGUCCAGGACUUUUAAAACCGACCAAGUACGUAGUUGCAUGAAUCACAAAAUGGCUUUAAUCCUUACGCGAGACUGGAAAUUCUUGCUAAUUGACGUGCAUAUUUUCUUGACAAGUUCUGUUCUUUAUGUGUACAGUACGACAAAAUAUUGUAAUAACAAGUUUUACUUGGCAAAUUUCGUUUGUAAAAGCCAUAAAGUUGAGGAACGUAUUUGACUUGAAAGGACUUAAGGGGUGGAUCAUUAGAUAUCCUGGAAGGGAGCGGGUAAUUUUCCUUGCAAGAUUUUUUUAAGUUGGGAGCUUUGUCGAACAUUUUUUGUGUUGAAGCUGUGCAAGAAUUUUUUAAAGAAUUUCCUGUCUAUUCCAGGUAGUAGCAGGAAUUUUUUCUUUCCUUAAAUGCUUGCAUGAUACCCCCACUCCCUCCCAGGUAUCUAAUGGGCCACCCCUAAACAAACUACUUGUGGCACUUGUAUUUAUCUGUUGUACACAUGAGCGAAAGAAAGUCCUAAAAUAAAACUUGUCAACGAAACUUGUCAAGAUUUGCACAUAUGUAUAUAUGGGCAUCGUGCUUCCUAGUACAAUAGUAUAGUGUAAAACGCUUAUGAAGCCUUAUAAUUCGUUGCAUUAUAUUUAUGGGAGAUAAGAUUUUAACAUAAUCGAACAACAUAGAACUAUGCAAUCAUACAAUUAGAGAUGCAAUUUGAGAAUCAGUUUAAUGCCAUUAUUUUUUUAAUUAUAUAUAGUUUAAUUGUAGAUUGGUAUAGAAUAUUUUAUAUGAACGUGAUUUUUUUUCAUUUUUCAUGUUAAAUAAAGCAAAUAAGAACAAUUGUUCUUGACAAUAGAUGGGAUAUUUUGAGAUUUAUGGCCGAGUGUACGAUAUAUCAAAAUACGAUUGUGCAUUGUUUCUUGCCUUCAUGAAUCAUGAGAAGGGAAGUAGCAACAACUCCUCGCAUUUUCAAACCGAACUGGCGAACAGUUAUGCACGGUGUAUAAAAAAAAGGUAAUUCAACUUCGGCAUGUUAUCGUACAUUAUAUAUUAGUUUAUUACGUUCAUUAUAUAUAUACAGGGUGUAUCAAAAAAAACUGAACAGAUUUGAAAUUGCUCUCAAUUUCGCAAAACACCUAUUUGUAUCCGGUUUUUUAUAUAUAUAGCUUCUUUGGGUACUUAUAAUGUAGAAUAAUGAAAAAAAAUUCUCAAACUCAAAUUUUGUGGACCAGGGGGGGGUGUCUUUUCCAACAAACUAAAAAUGGCUCGCGCACAAAAUUUAAAAGAUGUAAUCAUAUUUUGAGUUUAUAGAUGGAAACUUUGUCGGGGUUUUAAUUACUGUACAAAAUUUCAGACAAUUUGGUUUAGUUUAAGCCCUUUAACUAUUUAUUUUAUUCUUAAAAAUCAGCUUUUCGCAUGCUUAAUUAUGCCUUUACCUAAUUUGCAUAUUGCUGACAUAUGCAAAUUAGGCAAAUGCAUUAAUUAAGCAUGCGAAAAGCUGAUUUUUAGGAACAAUGUAACUUUGCGUGAAUAGUUAAAGGGCUUAAACUAAACCAAAUUGUUUGAAAUUUUGUACAGUAGUUAAAAACCCUGACAAAUUUUCCAUCUAUUAACUCAAAAUAUGAUUACAACUUUUAAAUUUUGUGCGCGAGCCAUUUGUUGGAAAAGACACACCCCCCUGGUUCAUAAAAUUUGAGUUCAAGAAAUUUUUUUCAUUAUUCUACAUUAUAAGUACCCAAAGAAGCUAUAUAUAUAAAAAACCGGAUACAAAUAGGUGUGUUGCGAAAUUGAGAGCAAUUUCAAAUCUGUUCAGUUUUUUUUUAUACACCCUGUAUAUAUCAUUUGCUUUUUUCAUACCAAUAAAGAUAAGGCUUUUAGUUGCCGAUUUAAAAAUGCCAGUCGAAAUCACAUUUUUCCACGGAAUUGCAUGUAAAGCUAUUGUCUGAGUAUUGAAAUUUAUUUAUUAUUCUCAUGUCGCUAGAAUAAAGUCGCAUGUGUAAGCAUUAAGUUUUGGUAAAUUUCCACUCGCAAUUUUGUAUCGAAAUUGUUAGAACAUUUUACAAAACUGGACAUUUGCAGACUGAGCUCACAAUUGCAGACUGAGCUCGCAGACUGAGCUCACAGACUGAGCUCUCAUGUUCGAAAAUUUGAAAAUUUCGUAAAUGUGGAAAAAUGCUGUUUCAACCAACACUUUAAAUCGGAUCGUAUGGUCAUUUUUUAUCGCAAUGAUUCGAUAAAGGUGUCAAAUGACAGCUAAAAGCCUGAUCUUUAUAAAUACGAAAACAGAAGACCUAAACGUAAUAACGCACGAUAAGCGGUCAAAGUUGGAUUACCUUUUCUUACACGCCCUGUAGUUCCAUGUAGUCGUCACUUAAAACAAAAUGUAACUAUUAUACUUUUUUAAGGAUACAUUUGUGCAAAGUUAGUGGUAACCAUGGUAACAUUUUUUUCAAAAUGAAAUUCAAUCUCCUCCAUUGAAUUUGGCAUCCCCAUGGCCGUCGUUUUAUUGUCUUCUAAUUCCCAAGAGAUUGAUUAUAAUAUACCUAUAUUCAAAGGUCAUGCACUAAGAAUGACGGUUCUAAUUUUGCAUAAUAUAAUUCAUAAAAACCUGCAUCUUGUUUAAAUACGUUAUGAAUAAUUUAGUUUUCUUCAGUGCAAACAAAUUCACUUUGCUCUUAACUUUAAUUUAUAUGCAAGAUAUAUAUUUUAAUUAAAUACUAUAAGAAGUUUUUAUGUACAGCAGACUUGGACAGUCAUCACUCAUCUCUUUCCUCAGUGUAUGAUACGUUCUCUUCUAACUUUGAUGUUAAUCCAAUGAUAAUGCAAGUUUUCUGUCCACCACUUUGAUUGGCAAAAGUUCUGUGUGGUUGAUAUAUGCACACGACCAUCUUUUGAUUUCAAUUGUGUUUUGUGAGUUAGCAUUGAAACGUUGCUUUUAUCCACUCCGUUUUUGGUUUCUAAAUAUAAACAGAAAACAUCUUUUAAAAGAGAAUUAAAAAUUAAGUGGGUUGUAUUUUUGAAAUAUGUCGAAAAAUUUUUUAUAUUUACAGUCGAACCCAGUGGCGAAGCUAGCCAUAGCAACAGAUCAUGCUAAUGAUGCU